AUGUCGCGCAUGUGAGUUGGGGGGAAGGUAUAAAAGUGGGUAGGUAGGCGAUUGAAGCUGUUAUCAGAAAAAUGAGAAACGAAGCUGUAAUCUGGUUGUUUCUCUUCUCGUAAGUGAUUCUUAUUUGUUUACACGUUUGCAGAUUGACCUUCGCAAGAAAGAUGUCGACCGUUACAAGAAAGAUCAUCAACACCCCCAAUGCCCCUGGGGCUAUUGGACCUUAUAGCCAAGCAGUUCAAGUAGACAACACCGUCUACAUAAGUGGCUCGUUAGGAUUGAUUCCUGAGAAGGGCGCUUUGGUCGAGGGUGGUGUGAAGCCGGAAACCCACCAAUCGAUCAAGAAUAUCGAAGCCAUUCUGAAGUCCGUGGGAGGGUCUUUGAACAAUGGUAUGUUGAAUAUUAUCUGCUAAAACAUACUUCUAGUUGUGUCCACAACCGUUCUGUUGGCCGAUAUCAAUGAUUUUGCCGAAGUAAACGAGAUCUAUAAGCAGUACUUUACCAAGAAUUAUCCAGCUCGUGCUGCUUAUCAAGUCGCUGCUCUCCCUAAGGGUGGUCGCGUCGAAAUCCAAUCUGUCGCCGUUUUGGGCGAAAUCAAGGACGCCUGA